AAGCCAAUAGUGCGCUAAUAGAAUUACUUCCAGAACAAAGAGUAAAGUUAUGCGAAAUAAUCAAAAAGUAUCCAUUAAAUAAUAUUUUUAAUACUGAUGAAACGGGUUUAUAUUUUUGUAUAGCACCACAUCAAAUGCUCGCAUCACAACUACAAUCGAGUUGCAAGAAG